CAUACUCCUACGUAAAUGCAGAUGAAAGUAGUGCUAACUCUUUUAGCGCUCGUGACUGCUUUGGAGCUGGUGCUAGGCGUACCGAUUUAUGGUCMACCGCAACCAUUGCCGAUUUCGCACAAGUACAGAUCUCCAAAUGGUGCACCCAUCCCCGCCAAGUAUYCUCCUCAUCCUAGUAGUCACUCAGGAAAAAACGAAUUUUAUACGAAAUUUAAUCCUCAUUCACUACCACCGGGCUUACGCGGACCCGCACCACAACCACCACCGCCUUUUGCUAAAUAUCCUCAUCUGCCACCACCCGGCAAACAUCAACAGCAGUACCAACAACAAAACCAACACCAACAACAAAACCAACACCAACAACAACACCAUCACCAACAACAACAUCAUUAUCAUCAACAACAACAGCAACAGCAGCAGCAACAACAACAACAACAGCAACAUCAACAACAACUACAACACCCAACUAACAGCUUAAGACCGAUAGGACCAGAGUUCCAAUCGAAACCACACUUACUGCAAAAUGGAGCUCCUCAUAACUCUCCUCAACAAGGUCAAAUUAAUAGCGGACUUGAGCAGCGAGUACAAACAGUACCAUCGCGGCCCACUCCUAAGAUAACCAACGUCUGGACCGGACCAAAAUUAUCUGGAUUACCCGAUUUUCCGCCACGUUUCUCUUCUGCUUCCAAUUCUAUAGCACCAGCGACUACGGCUCCAUUUAUCGAAAACCCMAGGACACCUUACAUAAUCAAUAGCGACGACGAGAGGGGUCCUAUCAAAACUAUACCGGCACCGAAUCUAAAUCCAGCAGACAAACCAGCCAACUUCGAUGAACAAUUGUACAGGGCGCAACACCAACAAUCGUACGUUCAACCGUUGGACAAUUCGAUAACCGAUGAGAAACUUUCGUACCAGGUAUUAAUAAGUAUAUAA